AUGUCGACCUCCAUGGCAGACGAAGACAUGUGGCGACCUCCUGUCAGUCGCUUGAUGCGCACGCUUGAUCCAUCCUUCUUCCACAAGACCAUCGAGCUCAAGGCAGCUCGAGUCUUCGACAACAACAACAUCGCCAAAUGCAGGACAGCGCUUGAGCGCAGCAAGGAUGUACUGGCUCAGCAAAGAAUAGCCAGCGUACAUCCGGAUCCAGACGCUGAACUUGCAAGGGCCGGGAAGAAGUGCAUCCUGCUGAGGCCUGAGGUGAGAACAGCGCCGGCCGAUACGAAUAGUCCCCAGCUCAACGGCGCGAGCAACUCAUCGCCGCAUUCCGCCACCGUUGCAGAGCUCAUCAAAGAAGAGCUGGUCUCCGUAGUGCCCUUCUCCUUACGUCUUGAUUACAACUACUGGUCAUAUCACGAUAUCAUGUCUGCCAUUCUGCCCGAAGACGAACAAGGUGAGAUCCCUUCCGGAUUCUCGCAAGUCGGCCAUGUGGCACAUCUCAAUCUGCGCGACGAGUACAUCAAGUACAAGCAGCUCAUAGCAGAAGUCUUGAUGGACAAGAACCCUGGAGUACGGACUGUGAUCAACAAAAUCGACGAUGUCGGCGAGGAGAGCGAAUACCGCACGUUCAAAUAUGAACUGCUGGCCGGACCCGACGACAUGAACGUCACUAUGUCGGAAGAGAAUUGCAUCUUCAAGUUCGACUACAGCAAGGUGUACUGGAAUAGCAGACUCAACACGGAGCAUCGUCGCCUUGUGGCCAUCUUCCAGGAAGGCCAGGCAGUGUGCGAUGUCAUGGCUGGCAUCGGUCCUUUCGCAGUACCGGCCGGAAGGAAGAAGAUUUUUGUGUGGGCAAACGAUCUCAACCCGGACAGCUAUGACAGCUUGCAACACGCCAUCACUCGCAACAAAGUCCAGGACUAUGUCCGACCGUUCAACGAGGAUGGAAAGACCUUCAUACGAACUGCUGUAGCGGAGCUGGCGAAGACGGAGCGAAGUGUCAAUAUCAUCAAAAAGGCAUCUAAGAAAGAGCCAGGCGCCAAAGACGAAAUCUUGCGCACUCUUCAGCAACCACGAGUGUUUGACCACUUUGUGAUGAAUCUACCUGCUACAGCGAUCACCUUCCUACCGAGCUUCCUUGGGGUAUUCCACUCCGAUGUGCGUCGACACUUACCGGAAACCUUUCCCAUGCCGCUAAUUCACGUCUACUGUUUCAACACCAAGAGCGAUGACAACGUGGAAGAAGGCAUCAAGAUCUGCCAAGAGAUCAGCCAGCAGUUGCAGCAUGAAGUCAAGCCGGGACGAAUAGAAGAUGGUGGUGUUGAGAUUUACGAUGUGAGGGACGUUGCACCGAAGAAGAGGAUGUUCUGUGCCAGUUUCCGCCUACCUCAGGAAGUUGCGUUCAAGAGCGAGCCUUGA